AUGAACACAACCUUACCCUUAGAUAUAGCCCCACAUAUAAAAGAGGCAAUAUAACAAGGUGGCCCCGUAGUAGCUUUAGAAUCAACAAUAAUAACUCAUGGAAUGGAAUAUCCUACAAAUGUUCAAACUGCAUUAUAAGUAGAAUAAUAAGUAAGAUUAGGAGGUGGGAUUCCAGCUACAAUAGCAAUAAUAUCAGGAAGAAUAAAAGUAGGAGUUUGCCAUGAAGAAAUAGAAUAUUUAGGAAAAGAAGGUCAAAAAUGUAAAAAAUGCAGUAGAAGAGAUUUAUCUGAUUGUUUAAUAAAAAAACAAAACGGUUCAACAACAGUAUCCGCAACCAUGAUAUGUGCAAACUUAGCCGGAAUAAAAAUUUUCGUCACUGGAGGUAUUGGAGGUGUGCAUAGAGGUGCCGAAACUACAUUUGAUAUAUCUACUGAUUUAAUAGAAUUAGGAUAAACAUAAGUUGUAGUUGUUUCCUCUGGUGCAAAAUCAAUUCUAGAUAUUCCAAAAACACUCGAAUAUUUAGAAACUUAAGGAGUUCCUGUAGUAGGCUAUAAAACCGAUAAGUUUCCAGAAUUUUUUAUAAGUGAUUCUGGAUUUUAUAAUUCUACUAAAUGCGAUUCUGAUAAAGAAAUUGCAGAAUUAAUAUAUAUGUAAUUUAAUUGUUUAAAUUUGUAAAAUGGAAUACUUGUUACUGUCCCUAUUCCUUAAGAAUAAGAAGCUGAUGGAUAGAAAAUUAAAAAUGCAGUUGAUUAAGCUUUAAAAGAAGCAAAAGAUUAAUAAAUUGGAGGAUCCAAAAUAACUCCUUAUUUAUUAAAAAGAAUUAAUGAAAUUACGGAGGGACAUUCUUCAAAUUCUAAUAUAGCUUUGAUAAAAAAUAAUGCUUUUAUUGGAGGUAAAAUUGCAAAGGAAUUAGCUUUAAUUUAAAAGAAAAAAUAAUGA